CUGAGGAUACUUAAUGCCCGUCCUGGCCAGGUCAAUUUCGAGCUGGAGAUCCACCGACAACAUACUAACCGAUUGAACAUCCUACAUGGGGGCACAAUAGCCAGUAUGGUCGACUUGGGAGGCUCCCUUGCUGUCGCGUCCAUGGGCCUGUACUCGACCGGAGUCUCGACUGAUCUGAAUGUCACGUACUUGAGCAGUGGUGGAAAGGCAGGGGACAAGAUCAAGGUGUUGGCCGAGUGUGAAAAGAUGGGAAGAACGCUUGCAUUCACCCGCAUGUCCUUCUUCAACGAAAAGGGUGACUUGUGUGCACGAGGAAGCCAUACGAAGUAU